ACAUUUUCCUGUUUCAGCCAUAAUGAUAAGUCAUAAACUUUGUCAAGUUUAAUGAAUAAAUGAAUGAUGACAUGUGCUUGAGUUGUGAGCUGAAACUCUAGAUAUUUAGAAUUAUAAAAACUCGGAGCUAUAUUUCAUCUUUAUGGAAGAGAAAAAGGAGGUGUACAGCAACGAAAUGGUGUACAGCACUGUGACUGGGAAUAAUGAAGAGAGUUCUAAUCUUCUAAAAUCUCCAGGGACAGGAGAAGACCAGUAUGAGAACUAUAAUGAAGUUGAAGAAAUAUCCGAACCUGUUCAAACCUUAACAUUAUCUCCAGACUGUAUCAGGUCCCAAGGAAUGAGCCCCAGUGAUCAGACAGUAUCUCUCCUGGAGGAGCUGGAGGAGGAGGAGAAGAAGGAGAAGAUGGAGAAGAUGGAGAAGAUGGAGAAGAAAGAGGAGAAAGAGGAGAAUAAUGAUGAUGAGGACCUUCAGCAUCUCCUCAGGAUACAAUUGCACAGGUGUAAGGAGCUGGAGAAUGAAAUAUCUCGUUGUAAGGCAGAGGUUGAAGCAGAGAAGGAAAUAUGGUUUAGGAGAAUAAAAUCAAUUCAGAUAAAACACAAGAAAAAUAUGAAUGAGGUGAAAAAUCUACUGUUAGCACAGAGGCAGGUUGGAGAGCAAUGGAAGGAUGAAAUGAGAGAGUUGACCCUUAAAUUUGACAUCCGCCUCAAGGAUUCUCUUAACCAGAACAAAACUCUAAAAGCAAGAAUUAAACAAUUAGAAGAUGACCUGGCGAGGAAGGGAGCAGAGGUGGAAGAUGCUCAUGAAAUGACACAAAUUUACAAAACUAGACUCAACAAAGCGGAGAAGAAGAUUAAGCAGGAUUUAUCUAGAAAUGAUGAUUCCUAUCUGGAGCUCACAUUCCCUUUCUCAGUCUUGUAACUUCCAUCAAUUCAGUAAUAAAACAUAAUUUGUAUCAAAUAUUAGUUUUCAUGAAUGUAAAUAUCUGUUUUAAACCGUUGAAUUGUCUCCAAUGUUAAUAUCAUUCUGUUAUAAAACUUGACACAAAACCAAAUACUAACAUAGUCGUCAUUUCAAUAAUUAUCAUCAUUCACAUCAUGCAUAGAAAUACACCUCAAAUGUACAAAGUGCAUUUUUGUAAUAUGUUAAAUCAUUUUAUAUAAAUUUUAUUU